AGGAUGAAAAAAAUUUAAAGCGAAUAUCUGCCGGGCGCUCUUGCCCGGUAGUAGUUCUCUCUCGCCCGCAGCAGAAUGACGAUGCGCGGCGUUCUUUCUCGGAGCAACAAAAGGCUCAACGGCGUUGCCAUGCGCCUUCUCUGUUUUCUCGUCGCGGUACAUUCUACUUCGGGACACGCCUCGCAACUGCAGAAAGCCCUACAUGAGGAACAUUACCAGCACUCCUCGGAAACGCAGACCGGCCGACUCUUCGGCGAGCUCGCGACUGCUACCCUUCAGAGAGCUUCUUCCCGCGCAACUGCGACAGUCGAAGGCCGUUAUGGUGAACAAAUCGACCGCGGGGGCCUCGCAGCGAAGGGAGCAAAGAAGGGGUUUCUCCAAGGCGGGGGAGAAGGUGCAGCACAGGCGCGCCGAGACCACAGUGGUCCUCCUCUAGCAGAGUAUCAAAAGUAAAAAUGUCUGGGUCUGGAAACUUGUGAUGCUGGGUGGCGUCUCAUGAUGAGGCUACAAAUGCUGGCUCAGCAUGACAAGUUUCUGAGCGCCUAGGUGUUGCCUAUUCUGCAUGACAAACUGCGCUUCUGCAUCACAAAAAAACGGAGCGCUUGGGUAACGUGCAUGACAGAUUUAAGAAUCAUGCCAGACAAGCAUGACAAACAUAAACUCUUCCAGACCCAGACAUUUUUACAUUUGAUACAGAGCGAUCGUUCACCAUCCCACUGACAAAGCAGUUAUGUCUUCAACGGUCGUUAGCGUACAGAAGGGUGAAUUUGUAUUGCAUGGCUUGCAUUUAGUUAAAAGAGAAGGGCGCUGCGUAUUAGACACACGAGCCCAAGCAUCCCACGCAGCGUGAAGGGCUGCUCGUCGCGCGGUGGCACUUGCAGCACCGAAAGAAGUGGUCCUGCGGGGGCCCGCCGGACUGUGUAGGGCAUAUGUAACCAAAGAUGGUGAAUCGUGGGGCUCUUGUUCAUCUGCGCGUCUGCCUCAGAAGUUCCUCUCCGGAAUGGUCGGGAGGGAGGGCGACGCCUGAACACAGGGGCACUAGUUCAACACGUGCGCUCUCACGAGUUGUGGCUGUGGCUUGGAAUUGGAUAUCUGGGAGUAGCCUCGGGUGGAAGGGAAGGCACGACUCGGCUACGGGCACUAGCUUGCUUGGCCUGGUGUGCUCAAAAAAGUGCACAGAUAGGCCAUGGGAAGGAACGCAAAGGGGGAAAAAGCGGAGUCCUCUGCUGCCCUAAGCCCGUCUGUAUUCUGCUGAAAAUGCCGCAAGAUUUCACGCGCCUGCCGGAAAAAUGCGUCAAAGCUCUCGGCCGGGUCCUUUCGUCCUUGCCUGCCUUCUUGCUUAGUUGUAUGCGCUUCGCAGCCUUUAUUUCUGGCGUCUUUGCCGCGGCUGCUGCUGCUGCAGUGCUCUUCUGCGAGAACGGGGAGGCGCAAAAAUCUGCCCAAAGAACGGCGCCCGGGCCAUGUCCUCUGGCUGCCCACUGCACAAAAGCCCGCGGCUGCUGCGCGGUGCAGGGCCUUCUACUUCCCAGAACAGGGCCAAGAGGGACAGGGUCCCGGCGGGCUCAUCUGCAAUUUGUCAUGCACAAUUCACUACAAAUUCACCACUUCUCAUGCUAACGCGUGUUAAAGCUCUAACUAAGCGAUCGCUCACCAUCCCGCUGACAAAGCAGAAGGUCGUGUUAUUGUGAGGAAAAAUCCCCCCUCCCCAUACCAAACCGGGACACUUCUGAAAAUUUGUGAUGCAGAUUUGAGACCACAAAUCGUCGCUGUAUUGCAUGAAGGCAAGUCUACAGGCUCCGCCACAUUCUACAGGCGGUUUGUCAUGCUGUUGCUCCUACAGCGUAGACGUCUGCCAUGCUACGCGCCUAGGCCAAAACUUGUCUACUCAGGCCUGAUAUGGGCCUGCAGUCCUCGCCAGCGAGACAAAUCUGAUUUGUGUACUCAAAUACAGCAUCGGGCGUUUGCCGUCACUAUGCUACCCUCAAAAAUUUAUAAGAGGGUGGCGCGGCGAGCGGCGGUGUUGGCGAGUGGUUCUGCGGGGAGGUCCUUCCCUGCCUGGGAGGUGCUUUGCCUUCUACUACCUACAUCCAGUCACAACGUAGCUGCUUUCACGGUGGAGUUGCGGCAUGGUGUGUUUUGGUCGGGGCGGGCGGCCUCGCUGCGUCCCUUGCUGAUGGUCUACGCGGUGUUUUCGGCGACGCCGUACUCUUCUGCAGGGCGCCACGGUGUCCUUUACUACGUCAGCUGGUCCUUCAAGAGCCCUUUCGUCGUCAUCCCAGUGCUGUCGUUGACAGACCUCGGGCUGAUAAUCCCGUUGCAGGAGGUUCGGUCCUUGGCGCGUCUUCGCCACCGGCAGGAGUCAGGAUGGGUAGAUGGGUCUCCUCGUUGUUGCUUGAGCUUGCUCAGGUCUUCGCUGCUUUCGGUGGUUGGUGGCCGCUCUUGAGUUUCAGGUGUGGGUCGGAGUUCGUUUGCCUCUCGUCAGUUUGGACGGAGUGCUCUCGUUCAGCCACCCCCCGGCGGUCGACUGUCGGCUAUCUGGCUCCCCCAGCUCAUGAUUGCAGUGUUGGCUGGUGACGACGAGGUUGCGGACAGUUGACUUGUCAUCUGUCUGGUUCGCCUAUUUUGCUGCCACGACUGUUUGGUCCCCGGUCCCCUGAGGCGGGGGGAUACGGGUUACCUGGUCGGGAUGUCGCGCGGAAGGUGUCUCUCACGUCCCUUGCUCUUCGUACUCGCCGCUGAGUACAGUCGAGCACCUUGGUUGAUCGCCACACUGUUUCAUAGUGCUGAAACGACCCGGCUUUCACUAGGGGGAGCAUUCGUACACUUUGUGCCCUCCGGGACUAUGCCUCUGCUUCCGUCUAAACUGAGGGGUCCACUUAUCCCUCUCGGUAUUCGGUCGCAGAGAAGGGUUGCCGGGGUCUCCCUCGCAUCGGUUCUCGAUGUCGGGUGUGAGUUUGUAACUGCGGGGGCAGUGGUUGGCUUAGGUUUGCGGAGUACAUCUGAAAAGAGGCUCCCAUUCCUUCUUCCAGGUAGCGAUCCUAGAUCGCAGCCACGCGGAGCCACCCCCGUAUUUCACCCCCAGGGGGUUGUGGACCUGGCAAAACCGAUGAGUUCGGGCUGCUGACUGUUCCACCUCUUCCGAGUGCGAUCAUGUUACGCCUCACGCCUCAAAUACAGCAUCACAAAUUUCGUUUUCGAUAUGGGGAGGGGGGAUUUUUCCUUUUGAUACGUGUAUGAGACGCACUACGCAACUCAAGGUAUGGCAAUUCAAAACGAUCAGUUUUGCAUUUUGCGACCCCAAAACAACGCUGUAUUAUUGGGGUUUUGUAAUGCGAAUCUGCGAUCCGUCUUCUCCGCCGGUCAGAUUGUCUCCUGCUUUGAAGGUGUCAAUUAGAUAUGAUAUGAAAAAAGGUCCUGACUUGAGCUAGCUACUUUAGGCAUGAAGGAGGGUUAAUAGUUUGCAGGUAAGUUAGAUAGUAAAGCAACUGCAUAUUGGUGAACGCUAGAAAGGGAGCCCAUGUUGCAGACGUGGAAAUCGUUGAACUUGAGCAGGAAUUUGCCACUGUACAGGUCGCGGCGCCAUCUCGUUUCCGAGGACGACUGCAAAGGGAGGCCUGAAAGUGGUCCAAAAUGAUCAUCGUUCCACGAGCUAACGGGAUCGCUUUUGCAAAAUUUACACAGUCGCGACUCAAGAGGUAUUUUUUAACGUCUAAAAGUGGCCUCAUUUGGACCAUAUCUUGAGUUGUAUCUAAGUACAAGCCUGCGACGCAUCAAAAGGACCCUUAUUUGGGACGUCUCCCGGAGAGGUCUGAAUUGCGGCCCUCUUGCUCUAUUUGCGCGGUAUGCUCAAUUCUACAAAAAAGCCAAGGCUUUUCAGCUAAGCACGGCGGUAUACUGGUGCUCAGCAUUCCAUCUUUUCCGCCGUUAGCUCGGUACUCCUGCAAAGCACGAGCUAACUCUGGACUUGAGCGAUUCCUGUGCUGUCAAGGGGUGCCCUACCUCUGGAGACGAACCAGACAGGCCUGCAACACUGAUCCAAGCCGGCCUCUUUUAUGAUAGCACUUCAGCAGUCAUGUCAUUAGCUAGCUAGUUCAAAUCAGGACCUUUUUUCAUAUCAUAAAAUGCAUAAACCAAAUCCGGCAACUGGACUUACCUUCGAACGCCGCCACUUCUGCGUCGCGAAACAGGAUGGAAAAUGGAUGAUAAAGCUGGAGCUGCUAUAUAGAUUGUUGAGACCGAUUUUUUUGAAUUGCCAUACCUUGAAUUGCGUAGUACAUUUCAUAUCGUGUCUGCGUCGAAAAAAGAGCGAUCGUUGACCAUCCCACUGACAAAGCAGAAGGUCGUUUCUUUGUCGAAAAAAAAGCGAAAUAAUUUUCAACCGGGAAGACUUCUCCUGCAACAGCGGCGAGAAAGGCAUAGCGAGGAUGGCCGCCGGUCGUCUUGGUCCGAAGAAUAUUAUAACACGAAGAAACACAAGACCGCCUACUUCGGACAAAUUUACCUGGGUACCCCACCCCAAGAGUUCUCUGUUGUAUUCGACACGGGGAGUGGAAACCUGAUGGUCCCGGCAAAGGACUGCCACAGCAGCCCGUGUUUCUCGCAUCGCCGCUAUGAUUCAAGACAGUCCGCCACCGCGAAAGAGAUCAACUUCGACGGCACGAGCGUCUCGUCGGCCAGAAAUAGCGACUCUUUUAUCUUGCGAAACUACGCCGCAGAAGAUGCAGAUGCUGUUUUUAUGGCAAAAGAAAGUAAAAAUAGCCACCCCGAAGCAGUAGAUCGCGACGUGCUCACGGUGACCUUUGGGACGGGUGAGAUCAGUGGUGUGUUUGUGCGCGACGAGAUCUGCUUGACAUCGAAGGGAGCAGUCGAAGAUAGAAAUAAUUUUUGCAGCUUUGGCAACUUCGUCACAGCGGUCAAGGAGACCAAUGAGCCGUUUGAGGACUUUGCCUUCGACGGGGUUCUGGGACUCUCUUUGCCAGAAAUGAGCCAGGGUAGUGAUUUCAACUUCCUGAACACGAUGCUGUCGUCGGGUGGCACAAGAAAUAGCGGCAUGGUGUUCUCGGUGUUUCUAUCGGACGAUUCCGAGGCCGAACAAUCGGAGAUUACCUUCGGCAGUUACAAACCCGAGCACAUCGCGAGCAGCGAAAAAUCGCUUUUUUGGGUGCCCGUGUCGCGGCCCACGGGGUAUUGGCAGGUCGAAAUGCGAGACAUUGCAAUAGAUAGCCGAAGGCAGAACCUAUGCUCGGCGUCGUCGCCAUUUCUGGCAAACAUACAGCUGGGCGCCGUGAACUCGAAGAACUUGCGGAGUUUCUCCGACGACCGUCACAGUUAUGAGGAAGCUGCACUUGUUCCAACUACUACUUCCACUUGUCAGGUGGCGCUCGACACGGGUACGAGCCAGCUCGCGGGGCCGAGCGCGGUCGUGGAGGAGUUGCGACGGAGGCUGGACGUGAAACCCGACUGCAGCAACUACGACUCCCUGCCGACGCUGGGCUUCGUGCUUGGGGAAAGGAUCCUCAACUUGGAUCCGGAAGACUAUGUUGAGCGGACAGGAGAAGAAAGCGGAAGUACGGUGUCAUGCGAUCUGUCCUUGAUGACGAUCGACGUGCCCCCGCCAAACGGGCCUUUGUUUAUCUUUGGGGACCCUUUCUUGCGGAAGUUCUACACAGUGUACGACAGCAACGAGCGGCGGAUCGGAUUCGCGGCGGCCAAGCACGCCGCGGUAUCGGAAGAAAAGGCACAACGGAGCGUCAUCGUGCUGCCGGAGGUGCUUUGAGAAGCGGAGUUCCGAAUGGAUUUAUUUUCUAAACAGCGAAGAAGUUGCUGCAUGAAUUUGAAUUCAUUUCUCGUGGCCGGAAAAUUGUCCGGAUGCGACCACCGUGUUGCAGUUGCGUAGUUUCGUUUCAUUUGUAUAAUUGUUUGCUCAUAUUAAAUUUCGGCUGCUCGUCGCACAGAAUGCGUGCUUUUUCUUUUCCGAAGAUUUUCAAUCAAUGGCGCGACCAACUACUUCCACGACUCCAAGCGGCAAAU